CUCAGAUCCGACCCGCUUUUAAACUGAAGGGUCAUUUGACCGAGCGGAAGUAAAUCUUCUGUUUAUUCUUUGUAGGUGGUGUGUGCUGGUUUUCUCCGAGAGUCUUUUCAUAUUAAUCGGAGUUUGCAAAACAUGGGACGCAGAAAGUCAAAGAGAAAACCCCCUCCCAAGAAAAAGAUGACGGGAAACCUGGACACCCAGUUUACCUGCCCUUUCUGUAACCACGAGAAAUCAUGUGAUGUUAAGAUGGAACGAAGUCGAAAUACUGGGAUAAUAUCAUGUACUGUGUGUCUAGAGGAAUUCCAGACACCAAUAACCUAUCUUUCAGAGCCGGUGGACGUGUACAGUGAUUGGAUAGACGCCUGUGAAGCAGCCAAUCAGUAGUUUCUGCAGGGUCACAUGUCACAAUGACCAAAUACACUUAAAGACUUUUGUUUGUUUAUUUGUUUGUUUUAAACUCCUGUAUUACUUCACUGUUUAAUCUUGUAAUGAAGCUGAAAGAACGAUCUAAUAAAGCCACAGAUGGAGGUUCAGGCAACAUUGAGAUGAUGAUGGUUUAAAUUUCAGCCUUUCCCUAUUGUUUAGUGUUACACAAAUGCUGAGAAAAUGCAACAGAUGUCAUUAAUUUCAAAACAGCUGUUAUCAUUUGUUACUAAUCUUUUAGUUUGUUUUAUUUUACAAUUUAGGUUUUUAUAAGACCAUGUAGUGUCAAUAAAACAGCAUAUUCUCUCCUGUGGAAAACUGGUCCGUUUCUCUCGUGGAAUCAGUUAAAAUGUAAUGUUUGUAACAAGAAUUUGAGUUUGUGGAAAAUAAAGACAAGUCAUUUGAAAAUAGUGA